ACGACGUACCAUGAUACUUUCUGUUUUGUCGAGCCCUGCUUUGGUCUCUGGUUUGAUGGUUGCACGUGCUAAAAAUCCGGUACAUUCCGUUUUGUUUCCCAUCCUAGUCUUUCGCGAUACUUCAGGUUUACUUCUUUUGUUAGGUCUCGACUUCUCCGCUAUGAUCUUCCCAGUAGUUUAUAUAGGAGCUAUAGCCGUUUUAUUCCUAUUCGUUGUUAUGAUGUUCCAUAUUCAAAUAGCGGAGAUUCACGAAGAAGUCUUGCGCUAUUUACCAGUGAGUGGUAUUAUUGGACUGAUCCUUUGGUGGGAAAUGUUCUUCAUUUUAGAUAAUGAAACCAUUCCAUUACUACCAACCCAAAGAAAUACGACCUCUCUGAGAUAUACAGUUUAUGCCGGAAAGGUACGAAGUUGGACUAAUUUGGAAACAUUGGGCAAUUUACUUUAUACCUACUAUUUCGUCUGGUUUUUGGUUCCUAGUCUUAUUUUAUUAGUAGCCAUGAUUGGGGCUAUAGUACUUACUAUGCAUAGGACUACUAAGGUGAAAAGACAGGAUAUAUUUCGACGAAAUGCUAUUGAUUUUAGGAGGACUAUAAUGAGGAGGACGACAGACCCACUCACGAUCUACUAAAGGGCAAGUAGCUUGAGAUUGGUUCAAAUCCAAUUCGUGAGUAUGUGGAGGGACGCUCCUAUCCUAUUGUUUUAUGGAAAUGAUCUUUAGACGGGCAUGGACAUAAUGGGCUCUUUUCC